CUGCCUCUUCACCCUGUUCCAGCGCCUCCCUCGUCAACAAGACAAAGCGGCGAUUCCCGGUGGAACUGGGAUAGGAAACGUAGAGGGUUGGGUAACCCUGGGGAUCCCGAGUAGUGAUUUGUGAAGGAGUUGGCGAAGUACUGACAGUGAGAGCAACAGGUGGGGAGGGAGCCUGAGGGAGUGCGUGACAGAAUAUAAUUGGGACUGGGAGACAGAAUCGGGUCUGCGUGUGAAUGAGAGACUGUAAGUGGGAGCAGUGGGACAGAGGGGCCGUGAGAGGAAAUAACUAGAAUCUGUGUGAGAAGAGGAGGGGACCCACGGAAGGAGACUGCGGGAGGAAGACAACCUGACCAUGGGUAGAAGACACUAAGGUGAUGUCCUACGUGAGACUGCCAGGGGCAAUUAGUGACAGCGCACACGGGGGGCAGGAUAGGGGGCUGUGACUCACUAUUACAGCAGCCAGAGACCGUCAUAGCACAGCCUAGGGAGUGUAAAGCAGGAGACUCGGUAAUCUUGGGAAGGACGGAAGGUUGGUACAAGGAGAAGAUACUCCAGAGGCCGGUGAGUGGGAGGUUACUAGGUAAACAAACAGGUUGGCAGUCAGCACAUAGACAAGAGCCAGACCUGCAAGGAAUCCACAAAGUUCCCAGCCCCCACCCACCACAGCAACACUUUGAUCCUGGUCAGUUCGAGCAACUUGAUUCCUCAUCCCCCACCCACUAUCACUUUUUAUCCAUUGGCCACUGGCUGCCAUCCUCUGCGUAAAUGCGGUACGGACCCAAAAUGAUGCCGAUGUUUCUCACGGUGUAUCUCAGUAACAAUGAGCAGCAUUUUACUGAGGUGCCAGUCACUCCUGAGACCACCUGUAGAGAUGUGGUGGAGCUCUGUAAGGAGCCGGGAGAAAGCGAUUGCCAUCUAGCAGAAGUGUGGCGUGGUUCAGAGCGCCCUGUUGCUGAUAAUGAACGAAUGUAUGAUGUACUGCAGAAGUAUGGUGUGCAGAGGAAGGAAGUACGUUUCUACCUGCGCCAUGACCGCCCUCCGUCCAGAGAAUCAGUAACUACGCAGAGAGUGCAUGACCAAAAUGUAAAGAGGAACGGUGUGAAGGUCCCUACUGACAGAAGGAUAGAAAACGGGGUCAAUGGUCCCAGAAUGGAUAUGACUUUAGCUGAACUACAGGAAAUGGCAGCACGUCAGCAGCAGCAGAUAGAAGCCCAGCAAUUAAUGCUGGCCACAAAGGAGCAGAGACUGAAGUACUUGAAGCAACAUGAUCAGAAACAACAACAGCAAGCAAGUGAGCAAGAGAAGCUUAAAAGAUUGAGAGAAAUUGCAGAUAAUCAAGAGGCCAAGCUUAAGAAAGUGCGAGCACUUAAGGGACACGUGGAGCAGAAAAGAUUGAGUAAUGGUAGAUUAGUGGAGGAAAUUGAACAGAUGAAUAACUUGUUUCAGCAAAAGCAAAAAGAACUUGUAGUUGCUGUAUCCAAAGUGGAGGAGCUCAGUCGACAGCUGGAAAUGCUGAAGAAUGGCCGAAUUGAAGGAUACCAUGACAACCAGUCAGCCGUGGCUGAGCUUGAUCGGCUCUAUAAAGAGCUGCAGUUGAGGAACAAACUGAACCAAGAACAGAAUGCCAAGCUUAUGCAGCAGAGGGAGAGUCUAAACAAACGCAACUCUGAAGUGGCAGCAAUGGAUAAACGUGUUAAUGAGCUGCGAGAUCGUUUAUGGAAAAAGAAGGCCGCACUGCAGCAGAAGGAGAAUGUACCAAUUACAUCUGAUGGGAAUCUACCUCAGCAGGUAGCGAGCACCCCAAGUAGAGUGGCAGCUGUUGGUCCUUAUAUCCAAUCCGCCACAAUGCCGCGUCUCCCUUCCCGGCCUGAGCUGCUUGUUAAACCAGCAUUUCCAGAUGGGAUAACCUCCACACAGCUACCUGACAUACCAUUGAAGUCGCAAACACUGCCUAACAUGAAGACUUCUCAGGGGAAGGCUCCACCUGGCACUGCAAACCAGAGCAUAAAUUCUCAGCAGCAGGCAGGGUCUGAAUGGAGUGAUGCAAAUGGAGAUACUGCAGGGCAGGCUACAGACACAGAUAACAACGUAAGAGAAAAAGACAAGAAGAUGAGGCCUUAUUCUAUGUUUGAUUCAGUUGAACCAGCACCAGGUCCUCCAAGUUUUGGAACUUUACGGAAAAACCAGAGUAGUGAAGAUCUUCUGCGGGACACACAGGCUGCUAAUAAAAAUGUAAAAGUUCCACCACCUGUACCUUCCAAACCCAAACAAAUUAACUUGCCAUACUACGGACAAGCCCCUCAACCUCUUGCUUCAGAUCAGAAAUCUGAUGGAACAUCACAGAAGCCAAUAUCUACCGGAAAUAAACCAAAAGUUACGCAGCAGAAAAUCUGCGUACCUCCUGCACAUGAGCAUUCUUCUUCAGCAAAAGCAGAAAAUCCACCUGCUGUGGCAGUUCGACCUUUCACGCCUCAGCCAGCAAAGGAGCCACCACCUCCACCACUACGAAAACCCCAAACAGUUGCUGCCAGUUCUAUAUAUUCAAUGUAUACCCAACAACAAACCCCAGGAAAGAACUACAGUGUGCAAAGUGUCCUUAGCAGAGCACAAACUCGACCACCUUUUCCCUGUGUCUAUGGCAAGCCAGUUAUCUCUGGAUCUCAGCUGACAUCGAAUCAGCCAGCAGAAAAUGUUGAUGGACAGGUUAAAUCAAGUAGCCCAGAACCAGAGUCGGAAACUCCAGUAUCUGGAAAUGAAACCCAAGAAACUGAAAGAAUUCCUCGUCCACUCAGUCCAACCAAACUUCUGCCGUUUUUAUCCAAUCCAUACAGAAACCAGAGUGAUGCAGAUUUAGAAGCUUUGAGAAAGAAACUUUACAAUGCACCAAGACCACUCAAAAAACGCAGCUCUAUUACAGAACCAGAAGGACCUAAUGGACCAAACAUUCAGAAACUGUUGUAUCAGAGAACUACUUUGGCUGCCAUGGAAACUAUUUCUGCUCCGAAGCAAACCCCUGUGGCUUCAAUCUCUGAGAGUCCAACUGAGAACCAGAAAACAAAAGUGCUUGCAAAUUCAGAGGAGGCAGAAUCAUCCCAAGGAAGUCAAGAUUCUCCAGAAGUUAUUGAAGCUGAAUCUGACCCUGACCUAAAUGAGACUAUAAUUAAUGUAUAUCCUGAAGAAAUCGAGGUCCCUUCACCAAUUUUGGGUCCAGAUAGUAUACCUGAAGGAAUACCCACAGAUUCAUUCCCACCUCCACCAGCUGAAGUGCAGAAUAUUGAAAUACCACAACCCCCUGAAACAUAUUUAGAAGAAUACCCACCAUAUCCUCCUCCUCCUUAUCCCACUGCUGGAGAGCCUGAGGUUCUUGCUGAGGAUAUAUCUAGUAUGCGUCCUCCAGAAGUCACUGGGCAGUUCCUUCUUCCUCCUGAUAAGAGGACCAAUCUCAGGAAGAAUGGGUCUGAGCGCAUUGGUCAUGGAAUGCGAGUGAAAUUUAAUCCUUUGGCAUUGCUUUUGGAUUCUUCUCUUGAAGGAGAGUUUGACCUUGUACAAAGAAUAAUAUAUGAAGUGGAAGAUCCCAGUCAGCCCAAUGACGAGGGCAUCACAGCUCUUCACAAUGCAGUAUGUGCUGGUCACACAGAGAUUGUAAAGUUCCUGGUACAGUUUGGAGUGAAUGUAAAUGCAGCUGACAGUGAUGGCUGGACACCGUUACACUGCGCUGCAUCCUGUAACAAUGUACAAGUGUGUAAAUUCCUGGUAGAGUCUGGAGCUGCUGUGUUUGCCAUGACGUACAGUGACAGACAGACAGCAGCAGAUAAAUGUGAAGAGAUGGAGGAGGGCUAUAGCCAGUGCUCUCAGUUUUUGUAUGGUGUGCAGGAGAAGAUGGGUAUAAUGAAUAGGGGAGUGAUUUAUGCUCUGUGGGACUAUGUAGCAGAGAGUGAAGAUGAGCUGUCCUUAAAGGAAGGAGACUGCAUGACCAUUAUACGCAGAGAAGACGAAGAUGAAAUUGAUUGGUGGUGGGCUCGCUUACAUGAUAAGGAAGGAUAUGUGCCACGCAACCUUCUUGGGCUCUACCCAAGGAUUAAACCAAGACAAAGAACCUUGGCUUAAAACUUUCAUGGGAUAGACCGUAAAGUAUUAAUUUUAGGAAUGGGUCUAACAAUUUCACCAGACAAAUCAAGUUAUCAUUGUAACUUGGAAGCAAUAAAGUCUGCGUCUUUUUUCACAUGAAGGAUUGCAGCAGACAUAAUGGUGGAAUGCUGCCGCAAGCAUUGUAUGUGUUUAACACAAACCUAUGGAUCUGCCCACGUACAGGAUUCACCUAGAUGGUCCUGUAUGAAGAGAUGUGUCCACUAUUAGGUCUCUUCUGAGAAACUGUAUGCUUGACUUUAUCAUAUUUUAUUUGAAUGUACUUUUGUAGAAGAAAUGAAGAGCUGUGGUCAUUCCUUUAAUGAUCCCUUGUAUGGACAGAACACUUGUUAAUGAUGAACAACUAAGCUGAUGUUUCUAUUUUUUUUUCUAAAACAUUGUAACCAUGUGGUUCAACAAUGUAGGCUUAGAUAUUUGCAAGAAAAAAAAGUUGUUUUUAUAUUUAUUAUGUCUUAUUUUCAGAAAAUGUAGCACAGAUAUACUUUAUAGGCCUUUACAUGAUGUAAAUAUAAUAAAAAAUAAAAAAAUCAA